GCAAAGCGCCCCCCAACCUGCCCCAAGGUGUACCACCCUUGUUGCAUAACCAAUAUUUUGUGGGACCUGGAGGACUUCUGCCUGCCUACCCAAUUUAUGGUUAUGAUGAUCUUCAGAUGCUCCAAUCCAGGCUGCCUGUGGAUUACUAUGGAAUCACAUUCCCUGCUCCUGCGAACCUGACCAGCAGAGACGGAGCCCUUGCUAACAACCCUUACUCAGGUGAUAUCACAAAAUUUGGCCGUGGAGAUUCAGCUUCACCCGCGCCCGUAACCACCCUUGCCCAGGCUCAGCAGAACCAGACGCAAGCCCACCACACGGCUCAACAGCCCUUCCUCAACACGUUGCCACCUGGGUACAGCUACACCGGCUUGCCAUAUUACGCCGGGAUGCCAGGAGUUCCCAGUGCUUUCCAGUAUGGCCCCACCAUGUUUGUCCCUCCAGCCUCGGCCAAGCAGCACAGCGUGGCCUUGAACGCCGCCUCCACGCCCUUCCAGCAGGCCGGCAGCUACGGCCAGCAUGGUUAUGGAGCAGGUUACGAUGACCUCAGCCAGGGGACGGCGGCUGGAGACUACAGCAAAGGGCCCUAUGCUGCCGCCUCCCAAGCACAAAACAAGUCAUCUGGCAGUGGAGCAGGGAAAGGUGUUUCUGUGACCUCAAGUAACACAGGUGUGCCUGACAUUAGUGGCUCUGUCUACAACAAAGGUCAGAUUUUUGACAAGCAGGGAUUCCACGCUGGGACCCCGCCCCCGUUCAACCUGCCCUCCGCCCUGGGUUCCACGGGGCCUCUGAACCCGGGGGCCGCUCCUGGCUACGCUCCGGCGCCCUUCCUCCAUAUCUUGCCUGCGCACCAACAACCACAUUCCCAGGUGCUGCACCAUCAUCUUCAACAGGACGGGCAGGGCGGAUCUGUCCAGCGCAACCAGCCAACCGUCCUGCAGCAGAAGUCUCAGGCUACAAAAAACACCUAUGGGACGUCUCCAUACUGGACGAACUAAGCUCUGGCGCAGAGGAAAGGAAGGGAGACAGUCUGGGUUAACUCAGGCUCCCACCCUCCACCGGAGACCGUGGACUGGAGGGAAGAUGCGC